GGACAGGGACCGGAAAGCGUCGCCAGCUGAUCAUUUAGUUGGUGCAAAACAAGCACCACAAGUUCAAUUCAUUCACAAGUGCUUGCUCCCAUCAGUACACACACACACUCACACCGGCCGGCCGGCCAGGCAGCCAACGACACAGCUCUCCCUUUCCUUUCCUUUCCUCCCUGCCUUCCUUCUCCAGCAAGAGAUUUCUAGCUAGCUAGGGUUUACACUACAGUAAUACUUGUACCGAGCCAUCGAUCGAUCACCGCUCCUGCUUCCUUGGCAACGCUGCCGCCCGAAUUCCGGCGUGCGGCGUCAGGCGCGCUCGCUCGCUCUCAGUUAGCUCAGGGGCGGCCGGCCAUCCCGUCAGAUUCAGCGGAAGGGGCCAUGGUGCAAGUUAUUUGAGCUCAUCUGAGAGGGAGGAAGUGUGGACUCUUGGUCAUGCUUGUGUGAUCAUGAUCGCGGUGGCUAGCUUAAGAUGAUAAGGGGCAACCUCACAAAUGAAGAGCUGGCGGCCAGGUGCACCAAGGCCGAGGCCCCGGCCGCCGGCGCCGGCGCCGUCGUCGCCAAGAGUCCCGCCGUGCCGAGCUCGCGGCACUGGCCGCCGUCCACGGAGUCGAGGAUCGUGCGCGUGUCGCGGGUGUUCGGCGGAAAGGACCGGCACAGCAAGGUGAGGACCGUCAAGGGGCUGCGCGACCGGCGCGUGCGGCUGUCCGUGCCGACGGCGAUCCAGCUCUACGACCUCCAGGACCGGCUGGGCCUCAGCCAGCCGAGCAAGGUGGUCGACUGGCUGCUCGACGCCGCGCAGCACGAGAUCGACAAGCUGCCGCCGCUCCAGUUCCCGCCACAAGCGCAGGACCUCGUCGCCCACCUGCCCCCCUCCAUGGUGGCGCCGUUCACGAACGGCGCAGCCGACCGCGCCGCCGCCGCCGCUGCCGCGAACGCGGCGACCGGCGCGUCCGCGGCGAUGGCCGACGGCGACAAGCGCCACUGCCACGGCGGCAUUAAAGGACUCAUGGGCUUCAGCAAUUCAGUCGGCCUCGUCAAUGGCGCGAUGCCGCUGGCUCACGGAUUGUACUACACGCCCGGUGAACCUUGGGCAAAUGGCAAUGCCGUCCACGACCAAGUGAGCCAUGACACUUCGCAUCAAACGGUGGCUCACCACUCGCCGUUCUCAUCGCUGCUGUCUCUGGCUCCGGGGCCUCAGCUCGUCUUCUACUCGCCGGAAGGUGGUGGCUUCGCCAUGAAAGAAGCCGCCGAUCAUCAGUUCCCAGUAGGUAACCUCGACCAUUCGGAAGGGCAGCUCUCACUGAGCUCAGCAAGAAGCUUCCUUCACCCCGGCAGCCAGGGAUGAUUAGGUCACUGAUCUCUACUGCUCCAAGAAGGUACGUAGAACAAUAAUGCUUGGUGUAGUAGUAGUCAGGUACGGUACAUGGCUGGAGGUUCGUUAAGCUUAUGAUUGCAGUUUUGAGAUGGUAUUUCUACAAAUAGGGGGCUCCAGAGCUACGUAGACCUGCUAGCAUGCAUAGUAAUUAAGCCUUUUUUUCAGGGUAUGCAAUGCAAUUCGUUGCUUCUUUUUUAUGCAAGGAAGUAACUGGUGCUAUGGUGUGUGUGUGUUGGUUUUUGUAAUAACAGUUUAUUAAUUUUUGAAUCUGUUCUUACCUAGCUUUGUGUUCUGGUUGGGACUUUUGCUUCUUAUUGAGCAAUAUGAUUGUUCCAUAUCGCGAUAUGCUGAA